UAGUGAUGUCAUAUGUAUUGUUUUUCUGACCAUCGCAGUGUUUAUAUUUUCACCGCUCCAUAUCGCGCCGAUUUGCUGCCUAUUUAGCUCAUUUCCCACCGUGUCGCGGGCAUUUUUCGCGACAUCAGCCCAGGCGAGAGGACACUGCAAUCGCCGACAAGUCGCACAAGUUGGAGGUCUUCCCACUUUUCCUCCCUCGGCGGCGCUCAAAUUGUCGCCAAUUCCACCCCCGCACCGGAUUCUGGAAAAGUGGCGAGGAGCAAGAGUGAUUUAGCCAUGUCCGUGCCUGAAUGCAAGUGCCAGUUCGCCUCGUCGAUGGUCGUGUCGUCGCUGAUUGGACUGCUUCUCUCCAUCUACACUACGCACGUGGAGAUUCAGCUGGAGUUGGACAAUGACUACGAGGCCCUUUGUGAUUUAAAUGAAGGGAUCAGUUGCACCAAAGUCUUCUCGUCGCAAUAUGGCAAAGGCUUCGGCAUUGUUCACCAUCUUCUCGGCGAGGAGUCAAUCUUCAAUCAGCCAAAUGGCCUCUUCGGCAUCUUUUUCUACGCACUCAUUGCCCUUCUCUGCUUUGUGAAUGAUUCGAAGGUGGCGCGAGUGCAGAUUUAUCUGUGCAUUGUCUCCAACCUGCUCUCACUCUACUUGGCGUAUUUGCUGUACUUUGUCCUGGAGGACUUUUGUAUUGUCUGCGUGUCAACAUAUGUUGUCAAUGGGAUCAAUUUGUAUCUGGCUGUGCGGCGAUAUCGCGCCCUCGUGGCGAUUGAGGCGACACAAAAAAUGGGCGAUGAUAAGACAAAGUGAGGCGUGAUGUUAUCUUAGGUAUAUCGUGGGAAAAAUAUAACUGAAGCAUUUAAUAUUGCCUGAGAAGGCGAGCCUCUGUGUGGUAAUUUAUCAUGUUGCUCUCUGUGUAUUGAGACAAUCUCUAUACUCCACAAUUAUUUGCAUAAAUUAAUCAAUUAAACAUAUGAAAGCUCUUAAAGUGGUCCAACAGAGAGCUUUUCAGCUGUGUGUAUUGGCGCUAUGUACACUUAUUUGAAAUGUUUGGUGGGGACGAGAGACAAAUAUUGACUCUAGUAUUAAUAUAAAGAGCUAAAAAUGUUGAUGCUCGAUGUGUGGUUAUAUCUUUGUGCAAAUAAUCAUCACAUUUUGCAUUAUGGAGAUAUUUUUCAAUCCACACACAUUCGCUGCUUUUUUACGACUGUCAUGUAAAUCUUGUAUUUGGACAAAUGGCACAAAAAGUUGGGAGUGGGUGGAAAUGAUAUUUAUUUUCUGUCCAAAGAAAUAUUUCUCUUUUUUCCCUCACUGACUUUGCUUGUGUCUCUCUCUUGGCCACACUCGGGCAGAACUUGUGUCGUUCGGUAAUUGUGUAAAUUAGUCUCUCGGGAGAGAGAGAGAGAGGGAAGAAAGAGCGGAAUAUGCUUAAACACUCUUUUUUUUCUCUCCUGGCAUUUCUGGUGAAAAUCACAUUCCGUGAAAAAAGCUCAAUCACUUUACUUGUAUAUUUUAAUGGGUGACUUUUCAACCCGAGAAAAAAUACUUUUUAUGUUAUAUCUUAUGCUGUGUUUUUUUCCUACUGGGGUGGGGAAUAAAGGUGUUGAGAAAUGUUUGGUUUUUGUGUGGAAAAAAAAUUUACUGCAUUUAACUUUCUCCCUAAAGAGUCUUUGUGUUGUUGUUGAUCAUGUGAAAAUUCCCUGCAUACGAAAUCAAGUUUAACUUGACGUCUCUGCGUUGACCAAAUUUGCUCAUUCGGCGGCCUUUCCUUAUGUACAUUCGGCCCAACAGUCAUAUUGGAAGAUCACAGAUGCUUUUUGUCUCACGUAACGCCGACACUCGUCUCUGUCACUGCGGCCCACGUUCUUUGCUGGCUCGCUCAAUACCCAGAGAAAGAGAAU